GCCGUUGAGUGCCGGCGGAACGUGCAUCGCCGCGUUUCAGUGAGAGGUGGACCUGUGUGUGUGUAUGUGUGUGCUGUUCGUCCAUUACGAUCAUCGCUGUCAGCGCUUCACCCUCUCUCGCAGAGGUCGGGGAAGAAGAGCCGGUUAGUGUGCACCGGUUACGCACGGCUACUGCGGCCGCGUGCAGGGGAACGUCGUCGCCGUCGACAUCACGCGGCCCUCACGGCGAUCGCAGCGGGAGCCUUUGAAAAACCUCCCGCAAAGGCUGUGCGCGUUGAUCGUUCCAGAGGCGGCACGGCGCUGAUAUCGCGGCAGCACCGGGGAUUUCAGCGAUAUUGAGGACAACCAACCAUGGCGGUGGUCCUGGCGGCCUGCUGCUGCCUGCUCGUGCUGCUGGCGAGUCCCGGCUCAUCGGUCGAGGUCCAAGAGUUGUCUUCAGGCCGGGCGCUUACCGCGGGCCUCCAGCAGUCGUCGCCGAGCCAGGAGGCAUCCACGUUGCCCGAGAUUACCUCAGUGGCACCGGGCCACGAGGCAGCGCCUGUCCGGGAAGCGCCUCCGGACCCGGAGUCGUCGCCCUCGGGCCACGAGCCGUUUCCAGGCCAGGACGGGGCCAACGCUGCGGCCUUGCGCUCGGACCCGUGUGCCUCGAGCGCCGACAACUGCUCCGAGUGCCUGAGGCAUCCAGAGUGCGCCUGGUGCUCUCAGCAGGACUUCCCACGAGGCGUGGCCCGUUGCAACCCGGCCUCGGUGCUCCUGGACAGCGGCUGCAGCCAGGACGCCAUCGAGGACCCGGAGAGUCGCAUCGAUGAAAUCACGCCCGUGGACAAGGCCGGGUCGGAUGUGCAAUUCCAGCCUGGAGAAGUUCGCCUCUCGCUGCGCCCUGGCUCGAAGCAGACGUUCACCGUCCGUUACCGCCAGGCGGAGGACUACCCGGUGGACCUGUACUACCUCAUGGACCUCACCCAUUCCAUGAAGGAGCACAAGGAGAGGGUGGCCGAGCUCGCUGACGACCUCGUGCAGAACAUGCUGAAUGUGACCAAGAACUUCCGCCUCGGUUUCGGCUCCUUCAUCGACAAGGUACUGCUGCCGUACGUGGACACCACGCCCGCCAGGCUGCAAAACCCGUGCCACGACACUGAGUGCGAGCCGCCCUACGGCUUUCACCACCAGCUGGCGCUCACAUCCAACAGCAGCCUCUUCACCGAGAAGGUGUCCUCGGCCGGGCUGUCCGGUAACCUGGACAACGCGGAGGGCGGUUUCGAUGCCAUCAUGCAGGCGGUAGUGUGCAAGGAGUCCAUCGGCUGGAGCCAGAGGUCCAGGAAGAUCUUGCUUUUCGCCACCGACUCCAUCUUCCACUCCGCCGGCGACGGCCUGCUCGGAGGUGUCGUCAAGCGUAACGACGAGCAGUGCCACUUGAACGAGGAGGGCUUCUACUCGGAGAGCACGGACCAGGACUACCCUUCCUUGAGCCAGAUCGUGCGCGUGGUGCAGCAGAACAAGAUCAACCUCAUCUUCGCCGUGCCCGAGAAGGCGGCCGGCGUGUACGACGCGCUCAGCUCGUUCAUCGACGGCUCCUCCGUGGGCACGCUCGCCGGAGACUCCUCCAACAUCGUGCAGCUCGUGCGAGACCAGUACUACAAAAUACGCUCCGAGGUUGUCCUCAAGGACAACGCUCCCGACUUCCUCAAGGUCAGCUACAAGAGCAGCUGCCUGCCUGGGUCCAGUUCCAAAGGCCUCACCAACGCCUGCGACGGCAUUCGCGUCGGGGACGAGAUCGAGUUCCAGGUGACCGUGGAGCUGGAGCGCUGCCCCAGCGACGACGUGCCGGGCGGCCAGAGCACGGCGUUCCGCAUCUCCCCCGUGGGGGUGAACGAGUACGUGCAGGUGCGCCUGGAGCCGAUCUGCCGCUGCGCCUGCCAGGACGUCGUGGAGGCGAACAGCAGCUCCUGCAGCGGCCGGGGCAGCGCGGUGUGUGGCGCCUGCGACUGCGAGACCAGCUUCUACGGCAAGCGCUGCGAGUGCCUGGGCAGCCAGCUGGAGCAGCACACGGCGCUCUGCCGGAGGGACAACUCGAGCGCCGAGCUGUGUUCACAUCGCGGCGACUGCGUCUGUGGCGAGUGCAAGUGCUAUGAUCCACCAGGGGUUCCCGGCGGCCGCGUGUUCGGCCAGUGGUGCGAGUGCGACACCUUCUCGUGCGAGCGCGACUCCGAGGGCCGCGUGUGCGGAGGACCCGACCGGGGCGUCUGCUGCGGCGGCGAGUGCCAGUGCCGGCCGGGCUGGCAGGGUGCUGCCUGCGGCUGCCCCGCGACCAACGAGGCGUGCGUGGCGCCGCAGGACUCCGGCAGCGGCCGCCUGUGCUCGGGCCACGGGGACUGCGUGUGCGGCCGCUGCGUGUGCCACGCCGACGCCCGGGGACGCUUCGCCGGACCCUUCUGCCAGGACUGCGCGGCCUGCGUGGGCCAGUGUUCCGAGUUCCGCAGCUGCGUCCAGUGCGUCGUCUUCCAGUCCGGAGGGAUGAGCGAGGACGAGUGCCGCCACAACUGCAGCUCGCUGACCAUCGUGCCCGUGGACAGCGCCGAAGCCACGGACCCCGAGGAGCGCAAGUGCAUCUUCAAGGACGACGACAGCUGCUCCUUCGCGUUCGUCUACUCCUACGACGAGCAGAACGAGCUAGUCAUCAGGGCGCAGACCACCAAAGACUGUGGCCGCGAGGCGCUCACGUGGUACAUCGUGGGAGGACUGGUGGGCGGCAUCGUGCUCGUCGGCCUGCUCGUCGUGUGCAUCGUGCGCUUCCUCGUCUACCUCAGGGACCGCGUCGAGUACGAGAAGUUCGACAAGGAGAUCCAGAACACCCAGUGGGGCUCGGAUACGAACCCCAUCUUCAAGCACGCCGUGUCGAACUUCCAGAACCCGACGUACGAGUCCGGCCAGCGUGCGGUUGCCAGCUGACGGACGCGCUGUCCGUGAUGAUGCCGAAGCAUCCCGCAAUACGUCUUUUGCGUCCAGUGAUUUUCUUUUUUCUUCUUUUUUUUUUGCAAGGUCAUAGAUCCUUCGCGGGGACUGUGACCGCGCCAACUUCAGGCGUGCUGUCGUUGAGUCGCGUGAAGAAACACCUGCGUUUUCGGCUGCAACGGCGUGAUGCCAGCAGCGAAAAUGCUACCUGCAGCCUUCAGGACUUUUCCCUCUUUUGCAGCACUCCGCGGAAGUGGUCGUGCCUUUAGUCUUUUACAUACAUGGUUCUGUUCCUGUGGCGCCGAGUCGGUAUAGGCUGACCGCGCGAGUUCCGUUCUUGUGUUUCUUCGUUCCGCCCAUUGACCAAAGUCUCGGAAGCCUGGCUUCAGCUGACGGCUUUGAAGUCUUUAGUUUCUGCCAGCUGUAACGUUAUCACUGCCGGCUUCUUUUCGUUCUUUGUACAAUGUAUUGUCGACUUCGGAUAACUCGACCUUCCCUUUUAAUACGACGCCGCGUUCGGAAGGCGCCGAAGCUCUUUGAACAGUGCAUUUUGGCUUUGAACGUCGGAUACGCAAUGUUCGGACUACUUUUGCAUGUGCCGCCGCGGUUGAAUUAAGGGAAAUCGACAGUGUACGGCAGAUUCUUGCAGGUGACGCAUGUCCCAAUUGGUGUUGUGUGCAGUAUUGAAGAAACGAAGUAGAAUCUUGUGUAAUAGGCGGCCACAAAAAAUAUUCUCGCGCACAAUUCUCUUCAGGAGCACUGCCUUAUAGCGUUCUGGGCAGUGGUGUCUUGUACCACCAUAUAGUACGGUGACGCGUGUUUAUAACUUGCGUUUUGUUUUGUCAGCUGUGAGUCGAGAAAGCACAACAUAGGCAGCGCACAUGUCAUUUCAUUCAGUUUUUUAAAGGAAGCAUGCUGCUAUCGUCAGCGCUAAAAAGUAGUUUCCGUGGGGGCAACUACUUUGUAAUGCAGAUUCCUUUGUCUUGCAAGAGCUUUUUUUCAUGUCUUAGUAAUUUAUCUAAUCUUAGUGAUUUUGCAAAUCUCACGUUCUUUUUUUUUUAGUACUAGUUCAUUCAAGAGUGAGAUACGCAGACUAUGUAUAUGCUGUCCUUCGGUAGCUUUCCUUCUUUUAUGUCUGUAUGUGGUAUCACAUUAUUAUAUGUCCACACCCAUAGCUACGAUCGACGGUAUUUAUUGGAACCAAAGCGAGCUGCUCUAUACGGGCAACCAUUUCGUGAUGUGUUAAACAAGGUACCUAAGCUUUUCGCCUGAAACCCGAAGAAAUCAAUGGUUCCCCUGCACAGAACGACUGGUUUUGAUAAUGCCGAAGUAUAUAUAGCUUCAGUUUAAGGACCGAUGAUGUACGAGUUGCGUGUUUAAGGUGUUAGCCACGUGCUUCAGUUUCGGUCGCCCAUACUUAACGAUUUGUGCAAACGCUACACGGUCACAGUCACACGUACUGACGAAUGCAUCGAAUGCAUGAAUUAACGAAUGCAUCGCGCAGUGAAGCCCUUCGUCCCGCAACGCGCACAGUUUUCUCUGUAUUCACGCGCAAGGGCAUCCGAAGGAGGUCAUAUAUGCUCGUCAGCCUUCCUAAAUUAUCAGUAUUGCUACACGUGCAACACUCCGUACACCGCACUCCGUACACCGUACGGAGUACUCCGUACUCCGUACACCGUUGUGCACUUGACAAAUGCGCGGAAAUAAGGUCACUUCCUGACCGGCCCGAAGAAAGGGUCAACAGAUGGACUUGCCCGACAACUAUACUCAAUUUUGUUAUGACUGGCAGGCAACGCGUCGCCAUCGUUGGUUGAAAAAAAAAAUGAAUAAACCUAGAUUGAAAGGUGACAAAGGAGGAAGCGUGCUUUUGAUAGGUAGCGUUCGCGCCUCAAAAUCCGCUAUGCUUUAGACGGAAGACAAGACACGUAUGUAUGCAAACGCCGCAUUGUUUCCAUGUUUUCUUGGGCGCAUUUGCCGUUUUGCAUCGGGCAACAUUGUGUCCCAGGUUGAAGUGACAUCAUAGAGAAGUAUUAGGCUUGGCUGUACUAGUAAAUUACGAUUCUGCGAUAGCAGAACGGUCACUUUUGAAAUCUGAGAGAACGCUUAUUAAGCCGAAAGAGAGGCACAAAGGAAAAACAGGGUUCCGCCGCCGCCGUGACACAUUUAUUAUUAUUGUUUUCUUUUUUUGCGUGUGUGCCGAGUUCAAUGAAGGGAAGUUCUUCUUUCAUUUCUUUUUUCUAGUAAUAACGAACUUCUUUUUUUUUCUCCCUCGCUAUAGGUGAACUAAAAUUGAAUUUGAAAAGAACAACUCUCCACAGCUAAAGUUAUUUAGUGUUGUUCCUUAAUUUCUCUUUAGCAACCGGGUUCGUUUCCGUGAUGCUCCAAUUCGCGGUUAGGUAACGAUC